AAUUUGGCGGGCUUCUCAGAAACACUCCUCUCUCUCUAACUCUCUCUCUCCUCUCUCUCUAACUCUCUCUCUCCUCUCUCUCUUUCUCUCUCUCUCUGAACUUAGUCCCCUCUCUAUUUUUUGCUUUAUACAGCUCACUCUCUAUCUCUCUUCUCUGCAAGUUAAACCUACGAAGAUACCAGAGGGAGGGCAAGGCUUGACGGCAUAAUGGGAUCAAGUUCUGAUGAAGAAGGUGAAAUAAGCGAGUCAGACAUCGAUGAAUGUGUGGAAAACAUAUACAGUGAGUUGAAAUCAGGAAAACACCUCAUAAAGAACUACGAUGGCACCUUUAGAUGCCCUUUCUGUAAAGGGAAGAAGAAGCAAGAUUAUCGCCACAAGGACCUCCUUCAGCAUGCCACCGGGGUGGGUGCUUCAUCUAAUAGGGGCACAGAAGAAAAGGCAAAGCACCAAGCCCUAGGCAAGUUUUUGAAGGAAGAAGUGCCUGAUGAGCCUGGCCACUCAAAUGAGCAAAAAGAACUACCAAAACCUCUGACUAUGUCGAAAUCUGAUGAUCUACUUGUUUUCCCUUGGAUGGGUAUCAUUGUCAAUAUAGAAACUGACUACAUCCGUAAGGAUGGAAAAUAUGUAGGUCUCGGUUCCACUCAAUUGAAGGAUGAGUUGGAAAAGGAAAAGCUUCGACCAGUUAAAGUUCAUGCUAAAUGGAAUCAUCAGGGUCACACAGGUAAGGCUGUGGUUGAUUUCCACAAGGAUUGGACAGGGCAUCAUGAUGCCAUGUCUUUUGAGAAACAUUAUGCUGAGUUGCACCGUGGUAAGAAGCAGUGGUUUCAUGAAAAGAGGAGCGGUAGAUCCCACAAGAAGGGUUUCUAUGGUUGGGUCGCACGGUUGGAUGACUAUGAGGCUGAAGAUAUCAUUGGUAAACACCUCCGACAAAAUGGGGAUCUAAAAACUGUUGCUGAUCUUGCCCAAGAGCAAGAGAGAAGAAAACAAAUGCUUGUUCAAGAUCUAGCGAAUGAGAUUGAUAACAAGAAUAGGCGUAUAGAGUCACAUGAGGAGAAAUUGAAGGAAAUGGAGUACCAAAAGAAUGAACUGGACAAAAAGCUAGCCCUGCAAGAUGAAGCUCACAGGAAAGAGCUUAAAAAGGAAAGGCAGAGGCAAGCUGAUAACUGGACACAGCUAAUGGAGGAACGAAACAGACAUAAAGCCACUUUGGAUUUAGAGAGGGAUAGAUUAGAAAGACGGCAUAGAGAACUGGAAAGAUUGGAGGCUCACAAUGAUGCUGAGAAGAAAAAACUUGAGGAGGAAAAGAGAAAAAAUGCUCUGAAAAACAGCUCUCUUGAAAAAGCCAGCCUGGAGCAGAAAAUAGUUGAUGGAGAGGUGAAGAAGCUUAUGGAGCAUCACAAGAUAGAACAAGAGAGGUUGGCAAAUGUAAUUCGCAAACAACAAAAAGAACUGAAUGAGAAACAGACAUUGGAAGUGGAAAUCCAAAAGUUGAAAGGAGAAUUAGUGAUGAUGAAACAUAUGGGAGGAGAAAACAACUCGGAAGUAUGUGAAAAAAUGAAGCUAGUGACUGAGGAACUUCAAGAAAAGGAAAAUGAAAUGGAAAGCUUAGAAGAACUCAACAGUGUUCUUGUAAGCAAGGAACGGGAAACGAAUGAUGAGCUGCAAGCAGCUCGUAAAGAAGCAAUCCAGUAUUUUAAGGACCAAACCCACGGUCGUGCACAUAUUGGUGUGAAGAGAAUGGGGGUUCUUGAUGAACAGCCAUUUUAUCGUGCUGUCAAGGCAAAGCUUCCAAAUGAAGAUUGGCAACUGAAAGCUUCAGAGUUGUGCUCCUUGUGGGACGCUCACACCAGAGACCCAGCCUGGCAUCCUUUCAAGACUGUUUCUAUUGAUGGCAAGGAUCGUGAGGUUAUCGAUGAAAAUGACGAGAAGUUCAAAGAGCUUAGAGAUGAGUAUGGAGAUGAAGUUUGUAAAGCUGUGGAAACAGCUAUGCUCGAGCUCAAUGAUUACAACCCUAGUGGAAGAUAUCCAGUACCAGCUCUGUGGCAUUUCAAAGAGGGUAGGCAGGCCAGCUUACAAGAGGUGAUCCACCAUUUUGUGAAGCAGAACAAGACAAAGAAGCGGAAGAGAACGUAGAAAUGCAGAUUCUUUAUUGCAGUUAUUUUGAGGAGAAAAAGUUGAAAAGGAGAAGCAUGUAUGUACUUCAGUUUUGGUACCAUAGCCAUCUAGUGGGUUGCAUGUUUGAGUCUCAUGCUUACAAUUCAACAGAGGACAUUAAAGAAAAGGGGAAGAGAUAUUCUAUCGACUGUGGAUUCUCCUUAGUCAUGCCAAAUAUCUGCAGUUAAAAUUUAUUACUCGUUGGAAAUGUACUUUCUGUGAUUCUUUUUCAGUAAACAAAUGCACAAAUUUAUGGCGUAAUACCACCAAUUAGGUCAAUUCCUAAUUCAAUCAUUUGAUAAUUCCCCAUUUUUGGUAUUUGGAUUGAUGAUUGGUCGAUAUCUUCACA